UUGUGGAUGCUUAUUAGUUGACCUACUAUACUAAUUGAAUAGAUAUUUGGGCAUCCAAAUGAGAUGCUAUCAUUAAAAGAAUAAGAUGUUGAGAGAGGUGCUAAAAUAACAUCUUUAUAGUGGAGCCCACACUUGAGAAUCUAAUGAGAGAUGUUGCCAUUGUGGAUGCUCUAAGGGAUAUUUAUUGAUGGUAUAAAGCUACUUGUUUGCUUCUUGGGCGUCAAGAAACCUCUAUUCUAUUAAAGCAGCGUAUCCCGUAUCCCUCAGUCUCUUUAAUCAAACUCUCCCCCAAUUUUAUCCCCUGUAAACCUAAUCGGCCAUGGCUCUACUCGGACCGCCGGAGCUCAGAAACGCCGCCCCACAACCAUCAUCACCACCGCCUGAAACAAAAACCACAUCUCCACCACCUUCAUCCGGCGAUCCGGAUCUCAUGGGAUCCGAUUUUGACAGCGCCACAUCCUAUCCGCCGAUGGGCUUCACCGAGAACAUGGCGGCGACCUAUCUCUCCUCCGGAGACCCCUGCCUCGAUUUCUUCUUCCACGUCGUCCCCAACACACCGUCGCGAUCCAUUGAAGCGCGGCUUUCAGCCGCGUGGCAACACGACCCUGCGACGGCGCUCAAACUAAUUUUCAACCUCCGAGGCGUCCGCGGCACCGGGAAAUCCGAUAAGCAGAGUUUUUACACGGCGGCGAUUUGGCUCCACGGCCACCAUCCCAAAACCCUAGCCUCUAAUAUCUCUCACUUGGCGGAUUUCGGUUACAUCAAGGACAUGCCUGAAAUUCUAUUCCGCCUUCUCGAGGGCGCCGAUGUUAGAUCCACGCAGAAGACUGAAUGGGAUUUGAGAAAGCGUCUCGCGGUCAGAAAGAGUAUUAAGAUGAAAAAUAAGGGCACAGUGAACAAGAAGAAAGUUAUGUACAUGGUUCCCUCUCUGCCCAAAGAAGAACGGAAACUUCUUAUGGCUAAGAAGGUGAUCGAUAAGUACAACGCCGAUGAAGAUUUCCGGUAUUUGUCUGACCGGAUCUCCGAUUUUUUUGGUGAAGCUCUCAGAGCCGACCUGGAGAGAUUGAACGCCGGCGAGAUACACAAUAUCAGCCUCGCCGCAAAAUGGUGCCCGUCCAUCGAUUCGUCCUUUGAUCGGUCGACUCUGUUGUGCGAAGCCAUUGCACAGAAGGUGUUCCCCAGAAUGUCCCAUCCAGAAUACGAAGGAAUUGAAGACGCUCAUUACAUCUACAGAGUCCGGGACCGUCUCCGGAAGGAAGUCCUUGUUCCUCUCCGGAAGGUUCUAGAAUUGCCGGAAAUCUACAUCGGAGCCAACCGCUGGGACUCCAUACCCUACAAGAGAGUCCCCUCUGUCGCCAUGAAAUUCUACAAGGACAAGUUUCUCAAGCACGAUGGCAAACGAUUCCAAGGCUACCUGGAGUCCGUGAAAAAGGGGGAAGCUAAAAUUGCAGCGGGCGCUCUGUUACCGCAUGAGAUAAUCCAGGCAUUGAAUGAUGGUGAAGCUGACGGAGGGGAAGUAGCAGAGCUGCAAUGGAAGAGAAUGGUGGACGAUCUUCUCCAGAGAGGGAAGCUGAGGAACUGCAUGGCAAUCUGCGAUGUCUCUGGAAGCAUGACAGGAAUUCCGAUGGAAGUUUCGGUGGCGUUAGGCGUUCUUGUUUCGGAGCUGAGCGAGGAGCCAUGGAAGGGGAAGGUGAUCACUUUCAGCGCAAACCCGACCCUUCAGAUGAUCAAAGGGGAUUCUCUCCGGGAGAAGACGAGCUUCGUGAGGAGGAUGGAUUGGGGGGGGGGAACACGAAUUUCCAGGAGGUGUUUGAUCUGAUCCUGAAGGUGGCGGUACAGGGGAGACUGAAGCCGGAGCAGAUGAUCAAGACCCUGUUCGUGUUCAGCGACAUGGAAUUCGACCAAGCCUCGGGAACCUACAAUUCAUGGGGAACCCAUAAUUCCUGGGAAACGGAUUACCAGAAGAUAGUGAGGAAGUUCGAGAAGAAGGGUUACGGGAAUGCGAUCCCGCAGAUUGUGUUCUGGAACCUAAGGGACUCGAGAGCCACGCCGGUGCCGGGGAGUCAGAACGGGGUGGCGCUGGUGAGUGGGUUUUCCAAGAAUCUGUUGAAGCUCUUCUUCGAGGGAGAUGGGAUCAUCAACCCUGUGGAGGUCAUGCAGUCCGCCAUCUCCGGCGAGGAGUAUCAGAAACUCGCCGUGGUAGACUAAACCACAA